CUAGCCAUUGCAUGGUAUAAGUCUUUCUGCCUCUCCCCGUUUUCUUCUGCUUGCCUCUUCCAGGUUCCAGCCGCGAUCGGCAGAGAUGGAGAUCAGGCGGCGGCGGGCACUGGCGAUGGCUGUGGCGGGGGUGCUGGCCGCAGUGGCUAUUGCUCAGGUGGCCACGGCUGCGACGAGUUACACGGUGGGGGCGCCGGACGGGCUGUGGGACAUGCACACGGACUAUGCUGAGUGGGUCGCCGCCAGGACGUUCCACCGCGGCGACAACAUCACGUUCACGUACUCGAGGGAGCUGCACGACGUGGUGGAGGUGGGCAAGGCCGGCUACGACGCCUGCUCCAGCGCAAACAACGUCUCCGCCUUCCGCUCCGGCAACGACGUCGUCGCCCUCACUGCCGUCGGCACGCGUUACUUCCUCUGCGGCCUCACCGGCCACUGCGACAGCGGAAUGAAGAUCAGGGUCGACGUGGUCGCAGCGUCCACCGGUCCCGUAGCGGCGCCGCCCACUACGUCUGCCGGGGGUAACGUCGUCGCAGGCCUUGGCGCGCUCGUGGUGACGCAGGCUCUCCUGGGCAGCAUCAGCGUCUGGUGAAGUGUGUACGUACGUCCGUACUAUGCUUUUGGUAUCGCUUUUUUUUGUGUGUGCUUUUGGUAUCGCUGCUUGUGAUUGAUAUUUCAGUUUUUCUUUCCGGUGGAUCGCGUGUUCGGAUUAAAGCAUACGUUUAUAACCUGGUAUCUGGAAAUUUCCCACCAGCCACUCGUACUCGCUUGACUUCUGCAUUCGAAUGGACAUAACCAAAUUAA